CGUUUGUUUGUUUUGAUUUUAGAAUUCGCAGUUCGCUAAAAAAUAAUCUUUUUAUUGAUAUUUAUUUGUGAAACUAAUUAAAAAAAAAUGACGACAAACAGGAAUCUCGAUGUGAAAAAUCCUCUCUUUGGACAAUUGGUUGUGGGACCUCCUGGAAGUGGAAAGACAACGUAUUGUGAGAAAAUGUUGAAGUUCCUCCGGGAUUUGGGUCGAAAGGCUGAAGUGGUUAAUCUGGAUCCUGCCAACGAUGGGAUGGAGUACCAGGCUGAUAUAAAUGUUAUGAAUUUGAUCACUGUGGAGGAUGCAAUGAGCCACUUGGGACUGGGUCCCAAUGGAGCCCUAAUCUACUGCAUGGAGUACCUGGAGACGAACUUCGAUUGGCUGCUGAAGCAAAUCAAGGCUUCCAAGAGCAACUACUUUAUCUUCGACUGUCCUGGCCAAGUGGAACUCUACACCCAUCACGAUUCAAUGUCCAAGAUGUUUGCGAAAUUGGAAGAAAUGGGAUAUCAUUUAUGUGUCGUUCAUCUCGUGGAUUCGCAUUAUUGCUCUGAGCCAUGGAAAUUCAUCUCGACGCUUUUCCUCUCCCUCAACACCAUGCUCCAAAUGGCUCUGCCGCAGAUCAAUGUCCUCAGUAAGGCUGACCUUCUUAAGCAGUUCGAGUCUAAACUGGCUUUUGGAAUGGAUUUCUAUACAGAAGUCUUGGAUCUCCAGUAUCUCCUUGAAGCUCUGGAUGCUGCUCCCGGAAUGGGCAAAUACAAAAAGCUGAAUGCAGCUAUUGUAUCCAUGAUUGAGUCCUACAGCCUGGUUUCCUUCCAUCUUCUGGAUUCUAACAAGACUGAGAGCCUUCUUCGGCUCAAAAAUGCCAUCGACAAGGCCAAUGGGUUCGUUUACGGAGCAGGAGAAGAGGCCAGCAUAAAUUCUCUACUGGCCUGUGCAGUUGGAGCUGAAACAGAAAGUGAAAGAAUGGAAAAAGGAAUAAAUCCGUAUUUGCAUUAAAAUUUUAUUUUUUGUUUUAUUU